UGGGUGUUCCACCCCUUGAUGGACAGAGGUUAUAAACCCACAACAACAACAGCAGACUAACAACGUGCGGUAUAGGCUAGAAGUGUCACUCAGACACGUUCCUCUUGCCUCUGGACACGGGAGAAAUGCACUAUCUAGCCGCAGCACAGUGGAAAUAUGGUUUUUGGAGGAGCGCACCAGUGCGCACAGCUUGGAGAAGCCUAAUCAGCCACACAUGUAUAACACACACGUUUCGGGCGGGAAAAUACAUCUGUCUGUAGUGGCUAUACUACUGGAAUUUACAUAAAAUCCUAGAAAAUGACAACGGCAACAGAAAUGGGGUCCACGAAAAUAACACCCGAGGUUCUGCAAGAGAUGCUACAACAUUACAAUUUAACGCGACAAGAGUUCAUCGAGUCUUACAACAUACAGCCGCUUGUCUACGUCCCUGAGUUGCCGUUGGGCGCUAAGACUACAUUCGUCAUCGUGUAUGUUAUCAUAUUCGUCCUGGCUUUGGUUGGGAACAGUUUGGUUGUCUACAUAGUGGUGCGUAAAAGAGCUAUACAGACCUCCACUAAUAUCUUCAUCUGUUCUCUGGCGGUGAGCGAUCUUCUUAUCACAUUCUUCUGUAUCCCGUUCACCUUGUUGCAGAACAUCUCCUCGGAAUGGCUCGGAGGUGUUCUCAUCUGCAAGACGAUUCCUUUUGUUCAGACUAUGGCCAUAGUGACGGGGAUUCUCACAAUGACCUGCAUCGCCGUGGAGAGGUACCAGGGAAUUGUCUACCCCUUGAAAAUGAGGAGGCAGUACACUCCGAAAAGAGCAUACAAGAUGCUAGGACUUGUAUGGAGUGCAUCAGUGGUUGUGGGAUCCCCAAUGCUGUUCGUACAGCAACUAGAGGUGAAGUAUGACUUCCUGUAUGACCACCACCACGUGUGUUGUCAGGAGCGUUGGCGUUCCCUGAUCCACAGACAAGUGUACACCACCUUCAUCAUGGUUGCUCUGUUCCUGAUGCCCAUGGCAGCCAUGUUGUUUCUCUACACACGGAUAGGGAUAGAGCUGUGGAUCAGGAAGAGGGUGGGGGACUCCUCUGUCCUGAACACCAUGAACCACAGAGAGGUCAACAAAAUAUCCAGGAAGAAGAAGCGAGCUGUAAAAAUGAUGAUUACCAUCGUUCUGCUGUUCACAAUCUGUUGGGCUCCGUUUCAUACCGUUCACAUGCUGUUUGAGUACAACAACCUAGAGAAGAACUCUGACGAGGUGACGGUGAACAUGAUCAUCGCCAUCGUCCAGGCCAUCGGCUUCUCCAACUCCUUCAACAACCCGAUCAUCUACGCCUUCAUGAACGAGAACUUCAAGAAGAGCUGUGUGGCGACCUUGUCCCGCUGCCUCAGGAAGCCCUCCAACCACCGGGGCGGCGCUGUGGAGACGCCCAACAACCCCACUGUACUCUUUAUUAGACCACUGAAGAGGGAGGCCUUCGCAGAGACUGGAGGUGGGGCUAAUGGAGGCUUGGCGCAGGGUGUGCUGGAGAACGGUCCGUCUGUCUCCUCUCAGACCUCCUCAGCCUUAGCAGGGGAGAAGAUGACAGAGAACACUCAGCUACCCAGUGAGCAGUGUAGAUCUGUUGAAAUAGUCUCGUUACAGACUUAAAGAAGAAGCACUCCAGUCUCCUUCUCACCUCAUUUAUCCAAGUGUACAUUACGGGAUAAAUUAGUACAGGUUCAGAAGCGUACCUUUUGGAAAAGGUACAAAUGAUCCUAUUUAGGUUACCACCACAGUGACAACGCAGUCUGUUCCUUUAAGUGGCAAAAAUGUACCACUAAAACGUUUUUUUGGGGUGUUGUUUUAAAACUGUAUGGUGCAAAGCCUUAUUUGCAUAUUUCCCAGGGUGCCUUUCAAGUGAAUUUUAGCGUUACCAGCACCAUCAAUGACUGUUUGCUAGUGACACAGACAGCAAAGUGAUAUGGAAUUCUCAAUGGAAUGCAGCCCCAGUUAGAAUAUCCCCAAAUGUUAACUUCUAAAUCACCCUCAAACGGCAUUUAAAAUGACUGCCAAAGUAGGGAAGACUGAUAAAGUAGACUCCCUAAACCAUCUAAACAGGAACAACCAUCUCAGUAACGGGUGAAAUAAGUCCAACUACUAACAGAUUGGAUGAGUUAAAAAAAAAAAGUAUGUUAUUUAUCUCUGUGUAGCAUAAGAUCAA